UUAUUUUUAAAUUUUAUAAAUAAAUGAUUAAUUUUUUAUUUCACAAUUAGCGUGAUUAUUUAUUGGAGUAUUAUAUUCCUCGUGUUAUGGAGUACGUAUUAGCUGGACUUAUAAAUGUAGAACUUAUACGUUCACUAUGAGCCCUUUAAUGCUAUGAAAAAUUAUUAAAGGCAGAAAUGCGCAUGUUUGCGCCAUCUAUUAGAUUAAUGCUCAACAAUUAGAACGGCCUGUUUUAUCAAUUUUUAAGCGAUAAGUUUAGUCGCAAUACGGCAGGUUCACCAACCUUACAAUUCAAAAGUUCCUACUACCUUCUGCAUUUUGUCCCUCCCUCAGUCCAAUUGGAUAGAAAUUAUAUUGGCACUACUUACUACUGGUACACAGUUAAUUAGUCACAUAGUAGAUAAGUUACGCAAAUAUGUUGUGUUAUAAUAUCUAAGUGAUAAAAAGCAACAAGAUAUUUUUUUAAGUUACUUCAAAUCAUACUGUUACAAACAAUACAAGACUUAUAAUGGUAUGGUUGUGCAAUACAUAUGAUAAUAAAAAUCAUUGGCUUUAACUUGGUAGAUAAUUAAAUACAAUGAAUUUAAAGUUACAUUGGUUCUUUAGUCAUGUGGAAUUAAGAGUGUCAGUGUAUAAAUUUGAAAGUUUUAAUGUAAGUCUGUCUCAAAUAAUGACCACAAAUAAAUAACCUCGGAACAAACAUCAACUGCCUCCUAGCUCCAGAGGGAACAAACAGUAACUAACAUUUAUUCAUACUGCCAACAACUACCUUGUAUGAUAAAUCGAAUGCACCCGUAAUUUUGAAAAUAAACAAAUACAUUUUAUUGUAUUGUUUUUUUAUAACUUUCAGUUUAAAAGGUGUAAACACGUUGCUAUGAGUGCCGGGCUUCUUGACUAUAGCUUUUGGAAUGAAAAGAGACAUCGCUAACCACUCGAGUGUAUAUUACGUUAUUUAUUAUGAUCCCAAACAUAAAACUCAACUCUUGAGUUAGCAAAAAAAUUAACAUAAAACGUUUUAGUUAUAAAGCCUUUUAUUUGUUCACUUAAAUUAAAGUUUUUAUAAAAGAGUGUCGUUUGUGUAAUUUCGAACUAAAAAGUUGACGAACUUUUUUUUUUCUGUAAAAUUCGCUACAGCAGAAAAUGUCUUGCAAUUAUGCUGAUGGAUUAUCUCCAUAUGAAAAUAAGGGUGUCUUAGGGCUUGCUGAG